AGGCCCAGGCUGGCCUGCGCGCGUGCGGGGGGGCCGCGCCCAUGGCGAACGACCCGGGCGGGCCGCGCCAGCCGGCAGCUCCGAAGGCGGCGUCGCGGCCUCCGCGGUCACACCGCCGCGCGGAGACGGCGCCCGAGGGCGGCGAACGCUCGGCGCCGCCGCGCUCCCCCCGCCGCCACGACGAGACGGCGCCCAGAGUCGGCGACGAGCGGCAGGCGCCGCCGCGGUCCCCCCGCCGCCUGGAGGUGGGGCCGGGGAGCGGCGGGUGGCCGGCGCCGAAAUCCCCCCGCGAGGUGGGGCCGGGGAGCGGCGGAUGGCCAGCGCCGAAGAAGUCUCCCCGCCUGGAGGUGGGGCCUGGGAGCGGCGGAUGGCCGGCGCCGCGGUCCCCUCGCCGCGCGGAGACGGCGCCUGCGCCGCCGCGGUCGCCCCGCCGCGCGGCGGCGUCGUCCGGGAACGCUCCGGCGCCCGGCUCUCCGCGGUCUGGGGCGCCGCACUCGGCCGCGGCCCAGAGGCGGCCAGUGGCAGGCGGCGCUGUGGCCGAUACCGCGGGCGGGCCCGAGGCCCUGGCGGCCCCAGGGCGCGUGAGCGGCCUGAGCAUCUGCGGUGGCGGUGCUGGGCCGCUGGUGCUCUCGUGGCUGGCGCCAGAGGAUCGGGGCGUGGAUUGGAGCGUCGAGUCCGUGCUCGGAUACGACGUCGAAGUGGGGGCCCAGGGCGGGGAGGUCGUGGCCUUCCACCUGGACGUGUCGGGGGCACCCGGUGGCCUGCAGGACCUGUCCGUGGUGGUGGUGCUGCCAGGGCAUGCGCCCGAGAGACCAGUGGACGCGCGAGUGCGCCCCUGGGGCGGGAAGGGUACGGGAGCUUGGACCGAGAUUGUCGGCCGCGUGCCGCUGGCUGAAGGGGACGAGCCCAUCGCGGAGGUGCCAGCGCCGAAGGUCAAGAGCAUUGUGCACCCCACGAGCAUGCGUGGCCAGAUUAGCUGGGCCCGGCCGCCUGGCCUGACAGACGUGGGCGUGAUCUACCAGGUCACGCUGUGGGAGUGCGGGAGCCUGCACGAGGGCCCCAGCGGGCGCGCGAAGGCGCGCGUGAGACAGGUUCUGUCCGAGCUCGGGAGCACGCGGACCCCCGUUCUGGUGCGGCUCACGAGCUCCACCCAGGAGGAGUUCGCCAUGUCCAGGGGCAGGACGUACAUCGCCGCCGUGUCGGUGCUGCUGCCGGGCCGUCGCCGCAGCCCCGCCUCGGCCGUCCACCUGACCCUGCCCACGGCCCCGCAGCACGAGGACGGCGCCGCCGCUGAGGGCGCGGGUGAUCCCUCGCUGAAAGCCCUGACGCUGCGGGUGCCGCCGGUGGUGCCGCCAGUACCCCUUGGUGCGGCGGCCGAGGAGAGCGCGACGGUCGCCCCGGAGGCGGCGCCGCCGGCCGCCGCGGGCGCCUCCGAGGGGCCCAGCGCUGCGCGCGUGCCCUGGGCCCAGGUCGUGGAGGUUGGCCCGCGUUCGGUGGCGCUCGAGUGGGGCGUCGUGGGGGACGACGGCGGGUACCCGUACCUGGUGGCGGUGCUCGAGGCUGCGGGCGGCGCCGCGGGGGAGCCGCUGCGGGUGGAGAUGGCGCACGGCGGGGCUGGCCGCAGUCGGCGGAGGCACAUUGUCUGGGGCCUUCUGCCGGGCACGAAGUACGAGUUCGAGCUGCGGGGGUUCGCUGUGGACGACAGGAAGGGGCUUGGCGGGCUGCAGGCAGGCCCUCUGCAAGGCGGGCCCUCCACGAACAGCUGCAAGCCCGCCGCAUGGCAGGUGCUCCUCCCGCUGCGGCAUCCUGCUCGAGGCCAUCACCUGCUCGGAGAUCGCGGGGCUCGCCGCGGGAGCCGAGGAUCCCGAGAGGGGCACGAUGACCGACCCCCGCUGGAUGGAGCGGGAGGCGUCCGACUCGGGCGACGACGACGCGGAGGUCGAGCACUAUUUGGCCCGCAGGCGCGCCUACGACCGGCUCCAGCUCCUGGCCUGCAUCCUGCUGGUUGUCCUGCACAUGUCCAACGUGGCCAUGGAGAGUUGGACGAGGCAGAGAGGGCGCUCAUUGCAGCAGUGGCGGUGGUCCUUCCGUUGGUGCUGAAUGCAGCGAUUUGCCGAGUGUUCCACAAGAUGUGCAAGGAGUUGUUGGCCGCCGGGGGCGGUGCCGCCGAGUUCGAGCUGUGGCUGCUCAACAGCCAGAGGCUCGCGACGUCCACCUGGGUGAUCUCCGCGGUGCUCACAGGGGGCCUCGGCCUGUUCCGGCACUCGGACGCGCUCGGGCGCUGGGAGAGCUGGCGGCACGCCCAGCAGGACGACGUGGCGGUGCUGCGGUCGCUCCGCUCGAAGCGGGAGGCGGCCGAGCUGCGCCAGGAGGCCGCGCGGUGGCAGGAGGCGCAGCGGCCCGCGGCACCGCUCGCCGGGGGCGGCCGGCAGGAGCGCGCCGAGAACCGCGAGAUGGACCCCCAGCACGACACGGCACGGCAGGGCACGUUGCAGUUGGCCGACGAGAUUGUGCACAGGGCCGCCGUCGGCCUGUUCUACGGGCUGUCUCCGCUGAUAUUGCCGGUGUCCGCCGCCUUCUCCAAUGGCGAGGACAAGCUCGCUGGUGGCGCGUUCUUCUUUGGGUUCGCGGUGUUGGCGGUAUGCUACAAUGCCUCUGCAGUUUAUGGAUGUUUCUACAGCGUGCAUUCCAAAAUGAGGUCCCGCCAGAUAUUUGUCACGUCUGGCCUUGUCGCGUGGCCGGUGAGUCUCGCUGCGCUUGCCUGCGCGGUCCAAUUGAAGAGCAUGUUGGUGCUCUUCGGCGUAGCCUUUCCGCUUAUGGGCUUCGCCAUCGGAGUAGAGGUCGCUUAUCUGCAUCUCGUCGAGGUGUCGAUGUGGUGGGGCGACAGAGUCAACAUCGGGCAUGCGCUUACCGGGACCGCGAGCGCAGCAGGGGCGUUGACCUGGACGCUGCUCAUCGGCGAGGCCAUGGCUCGUCUGGACACUCUCCUGGCGCUGUGGCUCCUUGCCGGCGUCCACGCGGUCGCCGUGGGUGCUGGGCUCCUGGUCGCAAACCCUGCAAGAAAUUUGCUCGAGUCCACAUCCCCGCAAGGCGACGUCGCGGACGCGGAGAAACCCAUGACCCCCAUGACCUCGCGAGAGCUUGCUCGUGACUGGCGCGUCUACGUUUUCCUUUUGGUUAUGGAGUGCUUCUGGUUCGCUGGUAUAUCCAUGAAGACGCUGCUCUCAGUUCUCUUCGAAGAGAUUUUCGACAUGACCUACCUCGAGGCUGUCCACUACAGCGCGGCGUGCCUCUCCCUGUACGUGCUGGCCCGCGCUGUUGUACCGCUCCUUGCGGCUGGGCACCCCUCACAAAUGGGUCGGCGGGUUUUCUUUGCGGUCCUCACGGCAGAGACGUUCGCCUACGCCCUCACUCCUUGGGCCGUCCGCCUCGAUGGGUACGGCAUGGUCACCUACACCUGCUUCCGGCUCGUUGGCGGCGCGGGCUUCGCGAUCCUCCUGUCGACGACCUCCGUGCUGCUCGUCCGCGUCUUCGGCGUCGCCAACGUCCCGCGCGUGAGCGGCCUCUUCUCGAAGAAGGCGCUGGACUCCGGCAGCGGGCAGGCGGAGAGCUGGGACCUGUUCUUCUAUCGCGCCGUGAGAGCGGCCGGCCGCGCCCGCGACCGGCUGCCACAGGCGCCGCCCUCGCCGAAUCGGGAGAUGCUGGAAGUGCCCCUGUCCGAGGCGGGGUGCCGGCCGCGGGAGAAAAAGUAUGGCCUCGUCAAGAACACCAGGCCGCGGGGCGCCGUGGAGGCGGCGGCGGGCGCCCCGCCGCCGGAGAGGCGGAGCCCGCACUCGGCGGCCGCGGCCUGGGGCGAGGCGCAGCCGCCGCCGGGCCUCGUCGUGCGCGGAGGCCGGCUGGAGAUCGUGGAGGCCGACUGGGCGCCGCCGCAGCCGCUGGGCGGCCCCUGUGGCGACCGCGAGGACGACCGCGAGGCCACGGCCGCGGCGGGGCGCCGCUUGGAGGCCUCCGCGGCGCACGCCGCGCCGCCCGGCGGCGUCGCCGCGGCGGCGGGGGCGCGGCAGGCUCCCGCCUCGGAGGCGCUCGCCGUGUGGCAGGAGCCGCUUGCUGCCUGGGAGGCGCAGGCCGGUGGCAAGCAUUGCCUCCUCUGUGGCCUGCAGUCGUCGCCACCAGAGUCGGCGGUGCUGAGCUGCCGCUGGUUCCGCACCGUCGCCAUCGCCGGGACCAUGCUCUACCGCGACGUGCCCCAGGUGGUGCUGACCGUCUACCUCUUGAUCACGGCCGAGCGCAGCGGCGCUUUGGCGGAUGCCACCAGGGCCGCCAACGUCUUCUUCACGGUGCUCUACGUGCUCGUCGAGCUGUUCUGGCUGGGCGACGCCCUGACGCAGCUAUUGAACGCAAGAAUCGCGCACGCACCGGGCCAGGGGGUCACCGCCAUCGCCGCCGAGAGCGGUCCAGACUGGGUCGAGGUGUCGUGGGCCGCGCUGGGCCACCGGAAGGGGGGGGCGGAGGAGUACUGGUGCAGCCUGAGGCCGCUGGCCGAUGGCGACGGCCACCGCGCCCCGCACGACGCGGUGCAGAUCGCGGUGGUUGCCUCGGGCGCCGCGGAUCCCGUGAGCGGACGCGUCGCGUGGACCUUCCGGGGCCUGGCCCCGGCCUCCGCCCUGGAGGCGACGGUCACGCCCGUGCGCGGGGGCGUGCCGUGCGGCGCGGGGCAGCGGGCGCGCGCCUGCACGAGCCAGGCCCCGGCGGCGGCGGAGGGCGGCGCCGCGGCCUCGGCGCCGAGGGCCCUGCGCUUCCUGAGGGUCGGGCGCCUGGACGCGCGGUCGGCCCGCCUGGAGUGGAGCGGCGACGCGGGCCCGGCCGCGCCGCACACCGUGCGGCUGAUCCCGCUCCACGGGGCCGUGAGCCGGCAGCCGUGGACGGAGCUGGCGGAGGGGUGCGCGCACGAGCUGCGCGGGCUGGAGCCGGGCGCCGCCUACCUGGCCGAGGUCUCGCCCGGGCCCCGCGGCGCGCCGGCGCGCCGCGGGCUCUCCUGCGCGCUGUCCUUCGUGACGCCGCCGGACGGCGGCUCCACGGCCGACGGGCCGCUUGGAGUGGAAGGCGGGGCGGCCCGGGGCGGCGAGGGGUGCCCUGCGCCGUCCGAGAGCUCGAGCAGCCCGCGGGGCCUCGCGGCGGCGCCCGCCUCGAAGGGCGGCCGCAGCGGACGCGCUGCACGGUCGCCAGGAGACGCGGGAGACGACCGAGGUGUCCGCGCCGCCGCCCCCAUCCGCGGAGCUUGAGGUCGGCGAGGUCGGCGAGGUUUGCUGACCCGUGGCCGCCUCCCUCCCUCUGUUUUUUGUUUUUUGUUUUCUUGGGGGCCCCCUGGUCACUUUCAUCUGCGACCACUUGCGAAUUCCACCCCUACGGGUCCAGUCGACGCUGCAGGCGUCAUUCAAAGUCUGGACCCCACCGUGUUUUUCAUGGGUCACCACGGAUUAAAGGUGUCGCCAGCUCCUCCUGAGCAUCGAGGUUCGAGGAUGAAGAUCCCUGGUCGGACCGUAGGCUGUAGUCU